UUCUCAACUCACUCCCUUUCUCCCUCCCAAACACAACAAAAUUGAUCAAGCUGCGAGAUAAAAUGAAGGGCUCUUCUUCGGGCUAUCUAUGUGCUGCAGCGUACGGUGUCGUGUUGAUGAUAUUACGCGUGGAAGGGCAGGCGCUAGUGCCGGCUAUGUUCAUAUUUGGGGACUCUGUGGUGGAUGCGGGCAACAACAAUGGUUUGCUCACCAUUGUCAAGGCCAACUUCCCUCCUUACGGUCGCGACUUUGUCAAUCACAAGCCUACCGGACGCUUCUGCAAUGGCAAGACGGCCGCCGACUUCACUGCCGAGAACAUCGGGUUCACAUCAUACCCGCCAGCCUAUCUCAGCAAAAAGGCCAGAAGGAACAACCUCUUGAUCGGUGCUAAUUUCGCCUCCGCCGCCUCAGGCUACUACGAUGCAACAGCUAAGCUAUAUCAUGCGAUCCCUCUGACGAAGCAGCUGGAGUACUUCAAGGAGUACCAAGUCAAAUUGGCGAGGAUCGCCGGAGCGUCCAAUGCGUCGUCGAUAAUAUCGGGAGGACUGUAUCUUCUCAGCGCUGGCAGCAGUGACUUUGUUCAAAACUAUUACAUCAAUCCUCUCCUCUACAAAGUCUACACGCCCGAUCAGUUUUCCGACAUCCUCAUGAAAUCCUUCUCCAGUUUCAUUCAGAGCAUAUAUUCAUUGGGAGCACGGAAGAUCGGAAUCACCUCGCUGCCUCCGCUCGGGUGCUUGCCAGCUACGAUAACGAUAUUUGGCGAGGAUAGCAACGAGUGCGUGCCGAGGCUGAAUAGGGAUGCGGUUUCGUUCAACAGCAAGCUCAAUGCCACGGCUGAGAGCCUUCAGAAGAAGCUGUCUGGGCUCAAACUUCUCGUGUUCGACAUCUACCAACCUCUCUACGACAUCGUCAGAAAACCCUCGGACAAAGGUUUCGUUGAGGCAAGGAGGGCGUGCUGUGGGACAGGACUACUGGAGACAUCCAUACUCUGCAACCCGAAGUCGGUCGGCACGUGCGCGAACGCGACCGAGUACGUGUUCUGGGACGGGUUUCAUCCCUCCGAGGCCACCAACCAGAUCUUAGCCAAUGACCUGCUCGCAGAGGGCAUCUCGCUCAUAUUCUGAAAUGAAAUCUACGCACAAGCAACACAAAACAUAGAAAACUACCUCGUUUGGUCAUUGAUGUUAUUAUCCUUGAAUGGUCAAGGUCGUAUAUUGUAUUAAUUUCCCUAUUGAUCCUUUUAUACAUGCUGGCUAAAUUUGGGUGUGUUGGAGAUAAA